UCCUAAUCAACGUCAGUGUGGAGAUCAUCGCUUCGUAUUGGAUAGAACGUUUGGUAAACUAUACAGGAUGAUUUAAAUAAUUAUGUGAGGAGUAUUCACGUUCAUCAUGAAAAUAUUUGGUUUGGUUUAUCUGUGGAUACCAAUUUACAUAGCAGCCAGUUGCCCUAAUAAUUGUCUGAGAUGUAGACAAGAUAUUGAUUGGUGCCAAACAUGUGAAGCUGGGUAUUACAACUCCGAUGGAACCUGUUACAAAUGUGGGAAGCCUGGAUGUCUAUGUAGACAUCAAAAUGAAUGCUAUGGCUGCCUGGAAGGUUUCUUCAGGACAAACUGGUUUGGAUAUAGAUGUGAAAAAUGCAUGGCAUCCUGCAGAUCAUGCACCGACUACAACAGUUGCAGUACAUGUAGGCCCGGUUUUUAUGGUUUGAUCUGUCAAAAUUCGUGUUCAUCGGGAUGUGCAGACCAGUGCGGCAUAUAUGGACGGUGUCGAUGUAAACCAAACUUUACUGGUGCACUGUGUGACAGGUGUAAAGAUGGAAUUUAUGGUGAAAACUGCAGCCAACAGUGUAGCCCGAAUUGCAGUGCAUGUAGUGAUGCAAACAGCUGUAUUUCGUGUAGAAUAGGAUAUUAUGGUGAUAAGUGUGAAUAUUCCUGUCCACGUACUUGUCAAGUAUGCACAUCUAUGAAUUACUGCUCUAAAUGUGAAGAUGGGUUCCAUGGCGAUAAGUGUGAAUAUUCCUGUCCAACUAAUUGUCAAUUAUGCAAUUAUGAGAAUAAAUGUUCUAAAUGUAAAGAAGGAUUCUAUGGAUUGAUAUGCGAACAUAACUGCUCAGAAGGAUGCUCAAGUUGCGAUUCUAGUGGUAUAUGUUUAUCAUGCAGAGCGAACUAUUCCAACACAAAUAAACAAUGUCAGUGUACCAUCGGCCUAUUCGCGUCUUCUCCGUACACUACUUGUACUAACACGACUUUCUAUACGAAUGGAAAUGAGUGUUGUCCUUGUAGCAGGAACUGUAAGCAUGCACUCUGUACAUCGGAUUCUCAGUGUACACACGGUUGCGAAGAUGGGUAUUACGGUGCCGGGUGUGAAUUAGAAUGUACCAGCAGAGAUCCGAGUUGCACGGCGUGUAUGGGAGAAACGAACACGACGGUCGUGUGCACACAGUGCAAAAGUGGAAGCUAUUCUGGCACAAACGAAAUGUGUUCACCAUGUUUAACCGCCUGUUGGGCGGGUAAAUGCAACAGUUCUGAUUAUUGCGAAUAUGGUUGCCAAGACGGUUACUGGAACAGAAAGUGCGACCGGAAAUGCAAGGACAAUUGCUCAGCCUGUGAUCAAAUUACCGGGGCGUGUUUGAGAUGCUUGUCUGCCAGAUAUUAUGGCGGUGACUGUGAUACGCCCUGCAAUAACAACUGCGUCAAUGUGUCUUGUCAUCUAAAUGGAACAUGUACACGUGGAUGUAAUGGCGACUACUAUGGCUCAUCUUGUGAAACGCCGUGUUCAGAACUCUGUGCUCGCUUUGAGAAUGAAUAUGCAUGUUCAUCCGAAACAGGAACGUGUAUGUUUGGCUGCGCUGAAGGAUUUACCGGAAGCAUGUGUAUGCAAGUGAUUAAGCAAGGGAGUGGUGGUGGAAAUAUGCUACCAGCAGCACUCGGAGCUGGGUGUGCCGCCUUUGUCAUCAUUGCUAUUGUUGUUGCGGUAGGAGUGUUUGUUCACAUUCGUGGAAGAAGUCCAAUGUACGAUACUGUUCAACGAGCAAACCAUGCCAAUCUCCCUGAAGAACUUACGUAUUCUGCCCUGCAGGCAAAUGUCCGUCCAACUGACGUGUCUGCGCACAGUCCCGUGUGUGGAGAAACGAAUGCUGAAUACCAGAACACAGAAAAUGAGCACCACACGUAUGAGAUAGCGAGCUGAACAAGGACUGAAGGACUUCAAUGCUAUUGUGUCAUAAUGAACAUCUCCACUUAUAGAAAGGUCCAUUUUAUCGGAUAUGCCUUUAAGUAUAAAACGCCUUUAAAGAAGACAUCAUCAGCAUAAAUAUGGAUAGCGUAUUUCUAUUGUCAUAUUCAUAAAGAUAUUUACUUGUCCUUUGUGUAUAUUGUCUAUAUGUUUACAACUUACAAAAGACGCAUUUAUUUGUAUAUACACAUUUGAUGAUUUCACUGUUCAAUAUCUACAAUGUAAUGUAAUAAUAUAUUAUUUCUUUAGUUUUCUUCUCAUCGUUUAUGUGUUUAUUUUUAUAUAUUGUGUGUAUCAAUUUUGCUGAGCCAAAUUGUAAAUCAUCUUUAUAUUAACAGCUCUCUGUUGCAUAUCGAUUUUGUUUCUCCGAAACAUUAAGACGUUGUUUUCAUUAAUUCAUGAAUGUAGCAAUACCAAUAUAUUGUUUACCGUUACAUAAAAAUGUAUAUUAAAUGAUUCGAAACAUGCGCACAGUUGGAUUCACAACAACUCCUACAGCAAUAUCGCAUUUCUCCAGAGGAGGUUAGUAGUAGAGCUAUUGUUUUGUUCAAACAGUUUUGAUCGCUCUCCUUCUUCUGUACGUACACCGCUAACAUGAUUAUUUUAUAAUUCAGAAACAUAUACCCGAUUCUAUAUGCACAUUAUCAUUUGUUAAAACAUAUUCCCUAGAUAGUUUUACAUAAUGUUUUAAUGACAGCUAAGACACAGUAUCACUCUUGUAUUGUACUAAGUAUGUGAUUUACGUGAUACGUUUCAUGAAAGUUUUCAUUUUCUGUCAACAAAGUCAAUAACCUAAAUGUGUGUUUUUUGUUUGGACCUUUUGAAUGCGGUGACCCCAGAAUGUAUCAUUUGUUCAAUGAAUGCAUGAAUGUUUUAAAGUAUAUAUGUUGCCUUUUGUCAUUCUGAUUUUAAGCGAUAAUUUAUGUGACAAGUGUAGGGUUUGGAAAGACCUUUGGUCGGUAUAAGCCCCCGAUCAUUUGAUGUCAUCUUUCUAAAGCCGUGACCCCACCUUUACUCAUGUAACAAAUGUUUUUGUUUUAUAAAUCAAUUAUUGUAUAAUACUAGAGGAUGA